UACCCAGUGCUCGAGCUCCGUUUUGUUCAUCUCCUCCCGCGUAUCUGCUCUGUUUGCCCUUGCCACCCUCACGCUGAGACGCAACAGUUGUUCUCGAAGGGCUGAGAGCGAGCAACGAAUUUAUAUGGAAAUGAUGUCCUGCUGUUCGUGUGUUAUUAAAGAUUGAAGAGUCAAAUAAGAAGUUGAGUUUGUUAUUGGAAAGUACGAGCACACUCACGCUAACACGGGUGGAUAGAUAGAUAUACGCUGUGCCUAUACGCUCCCCACAGCCAAGUGAACAAAUCCCCAACAAAUCUUAAACCAGUUUCAAGAUACAUAUUCUUGGUGUGGUGUCAGUGUGUGCAUGUUGUUGAUUUUUUCUGGCAUUGUUUUCGUUUGGUUUGGUUCGGUUUGGUGUUUUGUGGCUCUGCAUCUUUUUUGUGUACCUUUUCGCCUGUUUCUGUGGUUCGGUUUCCCCCUAAUCGCGUUUCCAUUUUCUGGCUGCCCCUGUCCCUGCCACUGUCGCUCGUCCAGGUCUGGGUCCGUCGGGGUCCAGCAAGAGCAACAAGUACCUGGCUCGCGUCUCGCAUCUCGCGUCCCCAAACACACGAACAGACAAGCCAACAGCAACAGCUCAGCUUCUAACGUACUGUGCCCAAUCGGUCCAAUUUGAAUGCGGUCCAAUUCAAAGCAGCUCGAGAAACGGAGUAUCUCGCACGAACAUUUCUGAAAGAUCAGCAACUCAAGGAACUUCGAACCAUGGAACGACGAAUCGAACGAUUCGAUUAACAUCAGAAGACAACAGACCAGCAGACGAGAGAUCUCGCUUAAGUAAUUUAAUAUUUUAACUUGAAGAAAUCUCCUCAGCAUGUCUUCCGGCCUGAUGUCGUGUGUGCGGGAAAACUCGCCGCCGCUGGAGCUGGAGUUGGAUGCGAGUGGCGAUGGUCCAUUGUCACUGCCGGAGGGCAACAUCGGCAGAUCACAUGGGAGGCACGGGCCCUGUCCCGCCACCUCCACGCCCAUUUCGAGCCCCGGAAACGAUGGCCACGAGCCCGCAAAUGUUGCCGAGCAACACCAGCAGCAGCAGCAGCAGCAGCAGAAGCGACGCCGUUUCCAUCCGCUUCGUAACCUGCGCCGCAUCUUCCGGCGUCGCACCAUCAACAGCUCGGCGGACAGCCCGAUAGCCUGUCAAUCGCCAACAGCAGCACCCGGACCCGGUCCUGGUCCUGGCUCCUGCAACACCUUGCCGCCGCCGGCCAGCAGCUCCAGCGAGAAGAAUCUGCGCAGUGUGACAGCAGCAGCGGCUUCGGUCAUUGGCUCUUCGCCGGGCUCACCGCUGAACCACCAGUCGCUGGGCGAGAGCUACCAGACGCAGUCGCUGCCCAAGUCCAAGUCCUACGGCUCGCAUCGCGAUGAACUGCUGAGCGUGCUCCUGGGCAAGAAGAGGGCCAGCAAACAGGCGCAGCACAGCUCCGAUCUCCAGCAACAGCAGCAGCAACAGCAGCAGCAACAGCAGCAGCAGUUCCCCACGGACGCCAUGUACCAGACACAGCGCCAGCAGCUGGGCGUGGCCGUCUUUCCGGAGACCCGCAGCCUGAGCCGCAGCAGCUACUUCUCGGAGCAGCGGCACCUGCGCAGCGUCGGCGACUCCUCGCAGGAAUUGGGCAUGGAGCGGGAGGGCAACAGCAACAGCAACACCAGCACUGGCAGUGCCGGUGGCACCGCCGACAUCUCCGAUAGCCAACGCAGCCUCAGCGCGGCACGUCUUCUGGAUGUGGACGGGGACUACUCUCGCGAGACUCUGUCGCAGUCACACGACAGCGUCUUCUCCGAAUCGGCGACGGCCAGCAGCCUAUCGAUUGUCCUGAAGGCGGAGCUCACAGAUGUUCUGCGCAAGCGACGCAAUCGGCCCGAUGCCUCCGACGAGGAUCUGGGCCUGCCCCGCAGUCCGGCAUCGCCGCAGAGACGAGUGGCGGGUGGACAGAGCCGCAGUGGCGCGGCAGGUCACAGUCAGGCCCGUGGACACAGCCAGAGCGAGGUGUCCUCGUUGAGUAUUCACAGCGUGAACAGUGCCGAGGAAACGGAGAACAGUCAGAGCCACAGUCAGAGCCACAGCCACAGCCAGAGCCAGAGCCACAGGUACCACUCGCGGGUGUCGACCAGCUCCUCCGUCUCGAUGGGCUCGGACAUACUGCGCCCGCACCACGAGGACGAGGUGGAUGCAGUCGGCACGGAGCGCCACCGGCUGUCCCAUGCGGCGGCCAAGCACAAGAUGGCCAUCAGGCCCGCCAAGAAGAAGGGACCCAGCCGACAGCACCGCAGGACCCUGGAGUCCUCCAUACCCGAGGCCAACGAGGAUUUGCAGAAGACAUGUCCGGGACUGAGAGCAGUCCGCGAUGCUGACCUCAAGAGCAGGACACGCUCGCUGCCAGCCAAGACGGUGCCUGCCAUUGCCACCAGUCCCAGCAGCACAACCCCAGUGGCUUCCAAUGCCAACGCUAGCUCCGCCGCUAGUUCCAUCACGACGAAGCGAACCAAAACCAUCGAACAGGCGACCAGAACGACCAGUCAGGUGACGACCACGUCUGCCACCACGUCGCAGAUCUUCGGACCCCGAGCACCCACCACCAGCAGCACCACAGCCAAGGCGACCAAGGCGAAGACCGUGCUCGAGAGCCGUGGCGAGUCCUCCACGGACGGUGAUGAUGCCCUGGCUGCCAGCGAGAGCUCUGAGAGCGGACUGCUGCGGCGGCUCAUCCACAGGAACUCGAAGCGCAGCAUUGCCCGGGCCAACGAUGGACUCGAGGACACCGACUCCAGCCAGAGCGUGGCCAAGAAGCUGCAAAUAUCGAACUCCUCCCUGGAUGCGGCCUUCCGAGAGCCACUGCAGAUACUGGACAAGUCGCGCAUCGCCACCUCGCACCAGCAGCACGUGCAGCAGGAGACGCGCCAGAUGAUCAAGCGAGAGAUCCACAACGAGGCCAGCCACAGCCACAGCCACAGCCACGGCCACGGCCGCACCGCCAUAGUCAGUCACUUAGGGGUAGGAGUCACUGCCCAGCCGCAGAUGGCAUCCAAACCCAAGUCGGGACCCGCGGCCCGCCAACGCUACAUCCCCCAGGAGCUUGGCUCCAGCUCGCCCGCCGUCACCCUCAACAGCAGCCCCUCAAACGACGUCACCAACCUGCUGUCAAAGAGCACGCGGGGCAACGACACCUUCCAGUCCACAACCCUGGUCCGCGAGCAACAGGUCAGGGCCGAGACGACGGAUCGAGCGCACUUCGAGCGGAAGCCACGGAUCGUGGGCCUCAGCGCCUUCCAGCAGAAGCUGUCCCGCUCCAGCGACUCGAUGGGGCACAACUCCAGCUCGUCGAACUCGCUGGAGACCAGCACGGACGAGCCCUCGCCGCUGUACUACGAGGAGAAGCAGCGCAAGACGGUGGAGAAGUCGCGCAGUUUCCGCAACUACCAGGAGGAGCGCGAGUCCGUGGUCGAAUCCACCGUCGUGCACAACCACAUGCCCAGUCUGCCCGAUCUCUCGAUCAGCUUCCGCCUGCCCUCCUACUACAAGCAGCACUCACCCCGCUCCCCGCCGCAGUCGCCACGCUCGCCGCUCUCGCCGAACACCAAGUGCGUGUCCCUGGGCUUUGAGAUCAACGACAACAAGCUGCUGCAGGGGCGCACUGAAUGCACGGGCCAGUUUCCGGCGCUGACCAAGAGCUCGCCGCAACGGAGCAACAAGCUCCUCGUUCAGUCCAGCCCCGGUCCGGCCAACAUCUCGCAGAUAGAGCAGAACAUCGACAUGAUCGUCAAGUCGCCGCUGGUGAGUGUCCUGCGCAAAUCGGCGACGGUCAGCGAGCAGCUGACCGUGGAGCAGGCCACGCCAGCAGCCAAACUGCAGCCGGAGCGUCCCAAGCUGCUGGACCUCGGAAAGAAGCCCAUAACCAGCACGGCCAUGGCCAUCUGCAGUCCCAGCCCGGCCAGUCCCCUCAGCAAGAGUGCCAAGCUCUCGCAUAGUCCGCCCGCAACUCCGGCCAAGAGCAGUAACAACAACAACAACAACAACAACAACAGCUGUGAAAGCAGCCGCCGCAACUCCAGCAACGUGGAGACAGCCGUGGAGCCGGAGUUCAUGAAGAUCCAGCUGAACCGCGUGGAUCAGGCGAGCCUGCACAAGAAGACCAACCACCUAGUGCUGGCCAAGAACCUGAAGUCCCCCACCGAGCGAAGCCAGAGCAGCGAUGACCUCAGCUCGAGGCGGAGCAGUGGGGCCAGCGUGGAGGUCGUUCAGCAGACAGGAAUGCAGACAGACAGGAGUCCCAGCGCGGUCCCACCCAACCGUAGGCAAGCCCUGGAGCCGAAUCUGGGCAGGCAGCUGCGUUCUGUGAGCGCGAACAGCGUGCGGACCAGCUUCGGCAGCAGCAGCGGCAGCACCGAGGGACUCUCAUCAGCGAACACGCCUGCCACGACACCCAGUACACCAAAGAGCAACGGCAUCCCCAUUCCCAUAGCCAGGUUGGAGACAGCACCACCGAGGGAGCAGAAGGAGAACAAGCUGAACCGCCUCUCGCUGGAGGAGCGCAAGCGGCUGUUCCUCAACGAGGAGCGAACGGAACGCCAUGCGGUUGAGCAGCGAAAGCAAUCAAUCGGCAAGGCGGAGUUGCCGCCAGCAGUGAGUGCGCCAGCUCCAGCUGCAGCUCCUGCCACUCCGCCAAGGACACCGGAGCUGGCCGAGGUCAAUGGCAAUGCCAAUCCCGUGGUGCUGCGCAAGAAAUCCUUUGCCAGCUGCAAUGGCAGCCCGUCGCCGAACAAGGACGACCCCACGCCGGAGCUGAUGAAAGUUUUCGCCCGCCGCUCGCUGAAGGUGAAGGACGACGAGGUGGUAGCCCCUGCCCAGCCAGUGUCCAAGAAGAUAUCAGCGCCCAGUGGCAGCCAGAGUGUGGACAGUGAUAAGGAGAACCAGUCCAACAGCGAGGAGAAGCUGGACAAGCUGUCGCCCAAGUACGAGGCGCAGGUCAGCGGGGAGUUUACCAAGACAGCCUCCCAGCAUGCCAGCAGCAACCGGAACUCGGUGGCCGACUUCCGGAAUCUCAACAGCAGCAACAACAGCAACAACAGCAACAACAACAACAACAGCCACAUCAGCAGCAACCUGCAGAAGGCGGCCAAUGGACAGCAGAAGGUGGUUACCUACCUGCCCCCCAUCAAGGUCAGCAAUGGUGUCCGGAAUAGCCUGACCAACAACAACAACAGCAACAACAAUGGAGGCGCCAAGCCCGCGAACGAACGAAUGUCGCUGCAAAUGAAACAGGCAGCCACCCCAUCAGCAGCACCACCUCCGGCGGCACAGGCACAGGCCACACACACAAUUGCUGCCUCCGUUGCGGGGUCAGUGAGUCCAGCCACAGGUGCCAUGACCAUGUCCGGCAAGCCAAUCGAGCGAUCGGCGACAGUGGGCGAGUUCAAGGGCAUCCAUCAGCGCCGUGCCGAGUGGGAGCAGCGGGCCAAGGAGGCGCUCAAGUAGGAAGGCUCUCUAUAGACUGGAAGGAAAACAAAAAUUCAACUCUAAGCGGAAAAAUAGAAUAAUCAAAUUAUGACUACUCAUAUAUGUAUGUAACCAUAACCAUAGACUAAAAAAAAAACUGUAAAAAGAAAGAGCACAGAUCCAAGUUGCGGGAGCCGUGACCCGAAUAUACGCAAGUCUCCCAUUCAAAGGGAACUUUUGGAGUAUUCGUUCUGCUCCCGAAGCACA